AUGUUGCCUCAAGGGGAAUGUGGCAGCACCCAGGUGAGAGUGCCUGUGACCCCAAAGCCCCAGAGAGGGUGUUACAGUGCUCCUUUAAUUCUACCAUCCACGGAUAGCAGUAUGUUAGCAGCUCAGUUGGUCCCUUGCCUCAUCACGUGGGGUGGCUGCCCUCCACUGGUGAGGCAAAGGGCUAGUGUGACAGCCUUUUCUGGUAUGGGUAUUAGAAAUUCUCAUAAAAGGAAAACAACACAGAAGAUAGAAUUUACAGAUGGAAACUACACGUUGGUCACUGAGUUUAUUCUAUUAGGUUUUCCAACUCGCCCUGAACUGCAGAUUGUCCUGUUCCUCAUGUUUCUGACAUUGUAUGCUGUAAUUCUGAUAGGGAACGUUGGAUUGAUGCUGUUGAUCAGGAUUGAUCCUCACCUUCAAACCCCCAUGUAUUUUUUCCUUAGCAACCUAUCAUUUGUAGACCUUUGCUAUUCCUCAGACAUUGUUCCCCAAAUGCUGGUCAAUUUCCUCUCGGAGAACAAAUCUAUUUCCUAUUAUGGGUGUGCCCUGCAGUUUUAUUUUUUCUGUACUUUUGCAGAUACAGAAUCCUUCAUCCUGGCCGCCAUGGCCUAUGAUCGCUAUGUCGCCAUCUGUAACCCUUUAUUGUACACAGUUGUGAUGUCUAGGGGCAUCUGUAUGCGGUUGAUUGUCUUGUCAUACCUUGGAGGCAACAUGAGUUCCCUGGUUCACACAUCCUUUGCCUUUAUUCUGAAAUAUUGUGACAAAAAUGUUAUUAAUCAUUUUUUCUGUGACCUCCCUCCCCUGCUUAAACUAUCCUGCACUGACACAACAAUUAAUGAGUGGCUCCUCUCCACAUACGGCAGCUCAGUGGAAAUUAUUUGUUUUAUCAUCAUCAUCAUCUCCUACUUUUUCAUUCUUCUCUCAGUCUUAAAGAUCCACUCUUCCAGUGGGAGGAAGAAGACCUUUUCUACAUGCGCCUCUCACCUGACUUCAGUGACGAUCUACCAAGGGACUCUCCUCUUUAUUUACUCCCGGCCCAGCUACCUGUAUUCUCCAAACACUGAUAAAAUUAUCUCAGUGUUCUACACCAUUUUCAUUCCAGUGCUGAAUCCGUUGAUUUAUAGUUUGAGAAAUAAAGAUGUAAAGGAUGCAGCUGAGAAAGUUCUAAGAUCAAAGGUAGAUUCUUCAUGA